AUGAAACCGAGACUUUUGAGACGAUACAACUCACCAAUCUCUAAUUCGAGAUGUUUAUGGAUGCCAAAUACUAUAAGGUACCAUUCCACUUUUAUACCAAAGCCAAACACCAGAGUUCAUCGUCCAAAGACUAAAGAAGAGCUCGCCAAGGAAAAGUUCGAGGAGCAAAUGAAUUCUCCCAACCGAAUCGUAAGAUGGGGAGCAAUCGCCAGAUCUGAAAAAUUUACUAAAGGAAUGACAAAGUAUCUUGUGGGGGGUUAUAUCUUCUUCUUAAUUUAUGGUGUACAUUUUAUGAAGAAGCAAUACGCGAAAGAAAAAGAGCUCGAGAAAUUAGAGGAAAAAGAACAGAAGGGUCAGGCCAAUGAAUACGAAUGUUUAAGAAUUAAGGAGCUUCGGGGUAAACUUAGGAGAAGAGAUGAGCUCAAACUGGAAAGAUAUCGCGAGAUGCAAAAACAUGGGAAAGAAACCUUUGACGGAAUUGUCCUCGAAAAUAACGACGAAAAUAAGACCAAUAUAAAAAUUCUACCUGCGAGAGAUACUACGGAUUUCUAUAAUGGUAAAGCGGCCGAUUAUGAUAGUGAUGUUAAUUUUGAGGAAAAGGCCAUUUUCAUGGGGCGCAGAAGAAAGUGGCUAAUGAAGCAUUGUCAUGGGGACGUGCUGGAAGUUGCGUGCGGGACCGGUAGGAACAUCAAGUACCUGGACAUGGCACAUAUCAAAUCUAUUACUUUUCUCGAUGCAUCGAAAAACAUGAUGGAAAUUGCACAUGGGAAGUUCAGAAAAGAGUUUCCAAACUAUAAAAAAGCUGCAUUUGUGGUGGGAAAGGCAGAAAAUUUGAUGGAUUUGGCAAAGGCAGAUCCUAAUCCUCAAGAAAACUCAGAAAAGACUGAUAGGUUGUCGAUGAUUAAUGGUGUUAAUUGUGAAACAAGAAUGAAGUAUGAUACAAUUUUGGAAGCUUUUGGUUUAUGUUCUCAUGAAGAUCCCGUGAAAUCACUGAAAAAUCUGGAAAAAUUACUGAAGCCAGGAGGAAGAAUCGUCUUACUGGAACAUGGCAGGGGGUAUUACGAUUUUAUAAAUAAGAUUUUGGAUGAUCGUGCCGAAAAACGUUUAGAAACUUGGGGCUGUAGAUGGAAUUUGGAUCUCGGUGAAAUUUUGGAUGACUCCGGACUUGAAAUUGUCGAAGAACAUAGAACCCAUAUGGGAACGACAUGGUGUAUUGUUGCAAAGCGAAAGGGUGAUGCGAAGAAAAAAUCAGAAGUCGGUUUCAUGGAAAAGUAUUUUGGAUCAAGCAUAAAAUCGAAGAUCGAGGCUUUUGAAAAGACUUCCCAAGAUUCUGAACAGAAAAAAGGAAACUGA